AUGACCAAGUUUGGCGAAAACAGAUGGGUCUUUGUUUUCACAGAUAUAAGUGUCAGUCACCAUAUUGUGCCGCAUGCUGGAAUUAGACCACGCAGUGAAAUAGACCUAACAACAGAUAAACAAGUUCUGUUGUGUGCUGGUCAGAACAAAUCCUUGGAAUGUGUUUCACCAGGAUCGACUAUUGCAAUCAUGGACACAUUCUGGGGAAGACUUUCUGACAAAAUAUGUCCAUCAGAGGACGGUGACCCAACUACCAGUUGUGGCAAUGAUCUCUCGACAACAUCUGUACUGAAAAACCUGUGUGAUGAUAAAGUGUUCUGUGAAAUCCCCGCUAGACAUAGGGUACUACAAGCCCCGGGUACUACUCAUUGUCCGGGUGUCAACAAAUAUCUUAUUGUAAAUUAUACCUGUAUGCCGAUCGAACGGAAGUUUGUUCUCUGUGACGGAGAGACAACGAAUCUGAAAUGUGGAGAAGGAUGGAAACUAAAUGUAUUGUCUGCAGUAUGGGGCAGAAUUUCCCCUGCUACUUGUGCCACGACUCUAGGCAGACCAUCACGACUGGGGAAAUGUGACAGCUCCAACAGCACUUUGGCAAGGAUUCGUAGUAUUUGUCAUGGGAGUAAUGGAUGUGUAGUGCGGGCAGAUGACGAGCAUAUGGUACAAGGGAAUGAACAACAUUGUCCUGAUGUUGAUAAGUAUGCCAUGAUCACCUAUCGAUGCCAACCUAAUGUCGAACAAGAGAAUGUCUUGGAGAGUUCAAAAGGAAGCUCAGAUCGAAUAUUUUUACCGGAAAACCCAACGAAGAGAAUACCGUUUUUAAACCAGGAUUCGCAUGCUAAUAGCGAUACACAUUAUUUACUUCAAGCUACCAUGCCAAACAAUCAGAAACACGACAAUGAUCCUAUCAUGAAUUCUUCAUUAGAUGGGUUACUGAAAGAGUACAUGGAAAGUCAGAAUAAUAGAGGUGGCGAUGGUACUACAGGGGAACAGAUGAAUAUCCCACACGACACCCGUCCUAGUCCCCUUAAGGAAAGGCUUGGUGUCCCUCAAGACGGCGCAAAAGAAACCCUACAACAAAAUAUCGCUCUCUUGAAGAAAAUUCUGCACAGUAAAAAGAUAAUGAAAGUAGGUGUUAAUGCUAUGGAGGGAAUUGAUAUGGCAUCGGCAGUUAGUGAACCACGUAAUCCAAACUCUAACAACGAUGAAUUAUCAAACCAGCUGGAUUUGACUCGAGAUGAACUCAAUCAUCUUGCAGAGUCUCCAGAUGCAAUCAAGAUUAUUAAUGAAUAUAUGAGUAGAAACAUAACUGCAUCUAAUCACGAUACCCAAGGCUCACAGGAAACGAGCACUUCAAAAACUACUAGUCCCCCGUCAAACACAAAUAAAACUGUUGGCAGUAGUGAAAGAGAAGAAAAACUUACUAAUAUGGAUGGCAAGCAGCAUUUUGAGCAAGUGUCAAGUACUACAACUACUACAACACAAACGCCCUUACCAACAAUAAGCACUCUGGGAACCACUAUCAAAACUACCCAAAAAGACUUGAGUAAAUUGAUAGAGCCAACGGCAAAAUUAGGAGGUAAGGUCAUGGGGAAUAUGUUUUAUGAAAAAUUCCUUAAACCUGCACAGAACGACUUUGAGAAACAAACCAAAAAUAUUGAACAAAACACUGAGGGGAAGGCUAUUGGUUUGUUGAGAAAGAAGGUAUCGGCGCUACAAGCUAUUAGUGAUGCUUUGACGUUAAUAACAUCAAAAAUUGAUCCAGAUCAAGCAGGAGGAAAAAGACACCAUUCAGCAAGGAAUAAUAAACACCGUGAAGAGAUUAAAUGGCUUCAAGAUUUGCCUGAUAGUGUUCAACCAAAAGAUGUUCAGUUUUUACAAGAUAAAAUCAACAAGGCUAUUGAAACUACUGAAGCAAUGGAAAGACAAGCUGCAUUAAAAAAUCCGAGUAAGGUUGCAUUGAGGCUGAAGGGGAAAGUUGCAGAGGACGUGCAAGCUGAAGCAAGAAACAAAGUUCAACAGAGAAAAGAACGAUUGAGAAUCGAUAAACAAAUCAAAGACAUCGAAGAUUCUUUCAACAUGCUUAUUGAAAAAGCAGAAAAAACUGGCAAGUUUAGCGAUGUUGAUGUAAAGAUGAAACCAACGAGUUCCUUGUUCCAGGAAUUACAAAGCGGAGCCUUAAAAAUGCCAUUCAAUGAUGAGCAGCCACAUGGAGGUGAUACCGACAAUUCGACAAAAGGAGUCUAUGGAUUUGAGGUGGUAAAUCAGGAGCCAGUGAUCAACAUAAUCAAUGAGAAAGACAAUACUGUUAAAAGUAACACAAUGGACACUUCUAAGUCUUCUUCUACAACGAUUCAAGCUUCACAAACGACUGCAGAGACAAAUAAUGACAAUCAUACUCUAUUGAGUGCAACACAUCUACCUAAUCAAUCAAAAGAGCAAGUGAGCUCAGUGACAAAACUAGCUCCCAAAACCGCCUUCAAAGCUGCAAAUUCUAUUGCUAAUGCACUUCGACGCCAAUCAAGCAUUCAGAAUUUGUCUUCUGUAGCAUUAAAACCCAUCUCGACAUUCAACAAUAUCCAAGAUAUUACUCUUGGUGGAAGAAUCAAUAGUGAGGUCAUCAAGGAGAAAGAGAAAGAAAAGCUCUACCAGGGCAAGGAUGUUAAUGUCCUUCUGAACAUGAUCAAAGCGCCACCAUCGAAAACCUCAGGUAAUCGAGCGCUUGGCCCACCAAAUCAGGUUCCUGAAAAUUCCGUCACAUUCACUGGAAAAGGCGUGCUAGUUCCUGGAAAAGACCUGCAAGUCCCUGGUCAAAGUAUACGAAAGCCAGGGAAAGACGACAAAGUUCCUGAAGUACAAACAGUUGGUUCACUUGAUGAAAAUUCAGUAAAACUUUUGAGCGUGUUGGUUCGAGGCUUUUUGGACCAGAACAAAAGCAGGAAAAGUUCAAAACACCAUCGUCGCAGAAAGAAGAAGAAAGAGCAACUUGAGGAAGAGGAUUUUGUGAUUGGGGCAAAACAUUACCAGAUAGGAAAUAAUAAGAAUAACAGUCCUGACAGAGAACUGUUAGAUGCGCUUGAAAACCAGUUAAGCAGUGCUCAGAGAUACAGCUAUAACAUCAAAAAUAUUGUGAGUGACGCACAGGCAACUAAAGGUGAAGAUGAUGACACUGUCAAAUCGGUUCCAAAUGAUAAGGAAAAAGAAAUCGUUGAAGAUGACAGUCUUGUCCUAUCAUCACCAACUGUCAAACCAAUGCCAGCACCAUCUGAUGACUCUUCUUUACAACUGGUCAAUAAAUACACAGGAGAAUCAAGUCUUGAUAACUUGUUACUUUCCCUUCAAAAAAUGUUAAAACAAGGGGAAAUAGAGUUCCAAAAGGACAAGAAAAAAGGCAUAUUACCUGCACAAGAAUCCAUAGCAGAAAAUGCCUCAAAAACCUUUUUAUCAUCGAAGCCACGUGUUGUCCAGUUUAGUGGAGCUGCGACUUCAGGAAAGAUUCUAAACCCAGUUGAUGAAAGAAAAAUGACUGCUAAUCAAGAUUUACAAAAAAUCACACAGUUCGCAGGCGGUCGAAUCUUGGAGCCAGCGAGUUCAGCUGGUAUGCUGCCUAUUCAACAAGAUACCAUUUCCAUCAUCAACGCCAACCCAACAGCCAAAUCAAAAGUAGGUUCGGCACAAAUAAAUAAACCAACAUCUAAGCUCAGGCUAAAAAAUCUGGUCUCAGGAGUCAAGCUUUUGUUAAAAGCCUUAAGAGGAAAGAGUUUAGAUUCCUAUAAGGGACAUCAUCAGAGAAGACUUGAGGAUGACACUAGUGAUCAGGAUGACAAAGAUGACACUCCAGAAGAUUUUGAAAGCAAGCCCAAUGAUGAUUUACUCAAAGAUAAAGAAAAGGCAGAACAGCCAGUAAAUUACAAUGGGUUUGGGGAAUAUGUAGGACCGAAGAAUAAAGGCACGAGUACUUGGUACAUAGGAGAAGGGAAUUCUUACAAAACGGGUUUUCAACAGCCAAAAGGUUAUCAAUACGAUGAACAAUACGAGAUGAACCUCGCACAACGAUACGCUUCAACACCUAAAGAAUAUUCAACAUUUAUUCCUGAUAUUUACUCUGGUCCUUAUACGAGUUUUGCAUUACAACCCAAUACCUAUGGUUAUUCUCCUAAGAAAGCGUUUCAUGAUCCGUUUGAUAAACAAUACGCGAGCAAACUCCCGAACCCUGCAAGACAUGCGCUCAAUUCGGCAUUAAAAAAUGACCCGAUCAUUCAGGCAGUUGAAGAAUUCUCUGACAACGAAACACAACUAUACAACGAAAAGCUGCGAGGAAUACAAAAAGAUAACAUCCCACGAAAACAAAAUAAUAUCUAAACACUCAGAUAUAAUUAUAGGUAAUAUUUAGGAUAUUUGGGUCAAAUAGGCUGCUUUGUGGAACGUGCUUUUCAGUCUGCUUGAAUAAAUUAAAUCCAAUCAAUUUCUGCCCCUGGCUUUGAUUGGUAUUAUUUUUAACAGGUUAAUUUCAUCAGCCGCUCUACCAAAAAUAUCGAAUGUUUUUCAUCUACACGUAAAAUUGACUCAAUCCGGAAAAUAGCUAGUAUAAUUCAAACUUUUAUUAUUGGCAUUAAAAAUCUUU